UUCACAACCCAUUAAAUACCGUAUAGCGCGAAAUUUUCGGGGGGCUUAAUUUUCGCGGAUUUCGUGGGUUAGAAUUGUACACGAAAAUUAAGUCUACGAAAAUUGUUCUUUAAUUAGAAUUACCUGCUAUCAUGCAAAUAUUUAAAGGCGUGGCUUCCGGUAAGCAGUCAUUCCGCGAACAUUGUGCAACGAAAUGGCUUUUAGAGGCCAAUCCACGAAAUAUAAGUGCCUCGAAAAUUUCGCGCUAUACGGUAGUAGCUACAACUUACUCUCUUUGUGAAGUCCCCUUCUACCUUUCCACCCAUCAAUCGCACGAGCUGUGUCAGUUUCUCCUGCGCAGGAAAAACAUGUGCAUUCGAAAUUUAAAAUUACACAGCAUAAGUGAAAACUUGCAUACAACAACUUGGGACGGGGGACGGGGAUCAAUAUCACAAAACACAACUUUCUACUCCAUAGCAUGAAUUAAAACAACUGAUGAAUCGUUUAGCAUUAAAUACCCCACCCUGAAAAACAAUGGUAAUUAUCUGCAAUACUUCCAUAGCCUGAUUUUACAGAUCAGACCAUGUCCAUAUUUGAGUGGACAAUCCUGACAUGUUAAUUCAUUGAAACAAUAGGUGAUGACUGUAGAGUGACUUGCUACCAGCACAACUCGAGUGAGAAUGGAGCUACCUGGACGAAGUGGAACCAUCAACGAGUACGAGAACAACAGUUUGCAAUCUGCAGAUGGCAAUGCCGAGCAGAUGGAGACGAGUUUGGAGUACAAUACGGUGUACGAAGUGACUAGUAUGACAGAUGCAAAAGACAACCAGGAAAGCAAUGAAAUGAUGGCUAACCCUGCGUAUGAGACCAGACGAUACAACCGUCUUUUCAGUUGGGCACGAAAAAAGCAGCAGGUGCAGUCGAACAACGAUCAAGUAUACAAAGGUAAACCAAGCAAUCUUCUACCAAUGGUAUUGCUACUUCUACUGUGCAUAGUAGCAUGUAGCUUGUCUGUAACAGCGCUGGUAGUGACAAAGAUAGAAGUAGCAGGCCUAAAAGGAGAGAUAAAAAUACUCCAGGAAGAAGCACAAAACGUUACGACUACAUUUCAGAGCUUGGAGGCAGUAGAUCUAAAAGAUCCUAAAAUACAGCAGCUUGAGGAUAAUGUGACUCGGCUUUCUGCAAACCAACAGGAGUUACAGCAAGAGCAAAUAGUUUUACUUUCCUCAUUGGAUAAUUUGACAGCACAAGUAAACAGCAUGAUGAACUCAUCUACUAGACAAAGUACUUCCAUUAGCCUCUACCAGGCGUGCUACGAUGAUACGACUAUGUGCACAGCAAAUGGAAACAAUUACUGGAGUCAAUGUUUCACAAAUUCUCAGCCUAUUACAAGAGAUGGUUUUUUCACAUUGAGCAUGCACUGUGAGCAGAGUUGCAACAGAGAUGACAGCUCCCUCCUCAAGUCUACCUACAUACGACCUGACGGACAGGGCAACGUGCAAUGUGCUUGUGAAGUGACCAAUCCGAUCAAGAACACCCCAGGACAUGCUAUACUGCCGAGUGGUCUAGUGUACACAUGCAAUUUAGUCAUCACUAGAUGCCCAACAGUAAUUGAAGUCCUAUAGAACGAUCAUGUGUGUCUGCAAAAUUUACUAUGUGCACCUCCUUUUCACAAUGAACAAGUUUUCUGACAAGGAAAUUAAGUAGGUAGAGAUCACAUGACAAUGGCAUAUUGCUCAACGUACAAUGUACAUAUUUGGGACAACAUGGCUUUCUUUCAGAAUUGGGUGAAAACGUGGGUUUUAAAUAUUAAGCAGGUAAUCGACAAGGUGCAAGUAGAAAAUUUACUUGUUGGAAGCGGGUAACAGGAUAUUUCAAGCGGGUGAAAAUUAACCAGCUAACUCGCACUGAAAUAAACCCGGGGGACUAUUAGUCACAACAGGAGUGCUGGUCAUGAUUAGGAGAUCUGCCUCCCACACAUUUUAGACAAUGCAUGGCUUCG